CUUUAUUUAGCUUGUACAAUAGGAAAUAUACAAGCAAAUAAUAAGGCAGCACUCCAGUACAAAGUUAGGUAAAAAUAAAAAGUUAUGCGAUUUAACUUUGCCCUCAGUCAAAACGAUUUGUCUAGGAACAAAUAAUAGAUUUAAGAGGGCAAAGACUGCCCCUUAGAUAUACCCGAAAUAAAAUGAAUCCACAUGUUAACCACUACAGAGACAGCGGCGAUUUUGUGAAGGACCUGCCGAGAUUAUGCUGCGUUGGGCGGGGUACAUUUGCGCCGAGUGCCUGGUGCUGCCUGGAUCUCACAUCUCCGACAACGUUGGAGCAACGUUUGAAAUUAACGUUAUGUUUUUUAACCGACCGCAGAUUUGAACUUUAUACACAUACAUUCUCGCCUAAAUUGCUCUUAAAACAACACUUCGUGGCAUAAUAAGAGUAAUAUUUCUAACAUUAUGCAGGUUUUCUGCGCAAUUGCCAUUAAUGGCUGUCCCAAGUUCACACAGGUCAUGCACUGAUGACGUUUCACACGUGCGACACAAGUACAGACAAAAACGCAUUAUUGUAAUUUUUAUGUGUCAUUAUUAUUGUAGAUCCUUGGCAAUCUGUUAUGUAUUUGUUUUUUUGAGCAAAAAAAAAAACAAGACAAGAACGCCUUGUUGCGCCUGCGCGAUGUUCUUUUCCUACCGCCAUUCCAGUCAGAGAUGUGACCGUCUCCCUCAGUGUCAUUCAACAGAUGCAACCACGACUGGCCUGCUGGCACUGCUCGAGGAAAAGGCCCCUACAGUCCUGAGAGAACAUGAAGAGACAAAGAUGCUGUCCAUUUCAUCAAGAAAGUUACUUGUAAAAGUUGCUGUUAGUGACCUUGUAGAGAAACAUGGAUUCUAUCCAUCUGGUAAGGAAAAAGCUGGCACUAGUAAAGGAGAUUGUGCUGUUGUUCCCCUCAUUAAGGAUUUCGGUUCCAUUUGGUCAAAAUGAGGGACAUGAGCAUUUCUUUGAUGGGCCAUCACACAGUGGAUUUAUAGAAAUGAGACUACGGAACAUCAGGCGGAAGCUUCAACAGAGCCAACGGACCUACAGUUUGAAACGUCGCCAUUGUAAACUGCAACCUUCUUCACCAAGUCUAGAAGAAACAGUGCCAAGUGAGUGGUUGACCCUGAUAAAGAGGAUGCGACCAUCAACAGAGAAUUCAUCAUCAAUAAAGAAUGCAAUUGACCAAACCUUCAGUUAUCGAAGAAAAUGGAUAAUGACAAAAUCGCCAACCGUUGGAGAAAUCUUCAAGGAAUAUCCAAGAUUUCUGGACAUGCCAUCCUUGAUGGAUAUUGAGUUUUCCAAGCUUACAGAUGGGAAAGAAGACAUGUUUAUCAGGAAAUGGGAGGGAACCAUUAUUCCAAAACUCAAGGAAAUAGCAUUGUUGGAGAAGAAAAUGGACAUCAGACAAUUAUUGGAGAAAGCUGACAGUCAAGAUGAUGAUGAGCUGUGUUAUACCAUGUUGAAGGUCCUCAUUCAUCUUCUUCCACCCAUGCCAUCUGGGAGAAGUGCUGCCGGCAGUAAAUGCUGUGUGAAUUCCUCUGUCUCAUACCUGUUGGAGUUUGUGCCGGCUGGUACCAGCGUGAUCUCUUUGCUUACUGAAUCGAUGAAAGGGUCUCUGAAGUCAGGUCAGCCACAGUUGGUUUCCAUCGGUUCUCUCGGACAUGGAGCCCAGUAUGUAAUUGUGGCAAAGAAUGAUUCUUUUGCCCUUCCACUUGAUGUUGACAAUCUCACUUGUGCUGUAGACAGACUUUUCAAAUUCUACUGGCUGUGCAAUCUUCAGUAUCCCUGCCAACUGUCUUCAGUUUUUUCAUUUUUUUAACAUGUAUAUGACCUACC